GUAUUUUAUUGCGUUAAAGGACUUAACAGCGCCGUUACGGUAAGUCUUUUAACGCAGUAAAAUAUUGCGUUAAAGGUAUUUUUGUCAUAGUUUUUUUUUUGGGGGGUAUUUUGGUUCAAACCCUCUUUUUUAGGGGUAUUUUGGUUAUGGACUCUUGUUUCCCCACCAUGUGUUUUUCCAUUGAGUUGGUUCAGUGAGAAUGAGGUUGAAAAAUCAUAUUUUAUUAACAUAAAUUUUUCAAUAAAUAUCGGUGGGAAAAACAUUUGGAAGGGAGUAGUACUUUAUGUAGUUAUUUAAUAAUUGCAAGAAAUUAUACGAAAUUUCUCGUGAUUUGCUAAAAUGGACAAGUAAAAAGAAAAAUCUAAUUUUAGUAUAAGGACCGAGUAAAACGAGAUUGAGGGAGUAGAUAUUAAACGUGCCAAAUCUACUUCAAUCGCUAUAAAUAUUUGGCUCUGCCUGUUUAGCUUUCUUAUUCAUCAAAACAUUUAGUGGAGCACUUGGCAUUCCUAAAUGUGUCGAUAUCACUAAUAACCAGUGUAAACUGAAAUCAUAGUUUUGGGCUUUCAUCACUGCAGUAGAUAGAAAUUAAGCAGAAAACAAAAUUCAUCAUCAACAGCCAUUAUGAAGAUCGAAGCGAAAGAAUCAACAAUGGUGAAACCAGCACAAGGGACACCACAACAAAGAAAAUACCUCUGGAAUUCCAACGUGGAUUUGGUGGUGCCAAAUUUUCACACACCGAGUGUCUAUUUCUAUAGACCAUCAGGUGCUUCAAAUUUCUUUGAUGCUAAUGUGCUUAAGGAAGCGUUGAGUAAAGCAUUGGUGCCAUUUUAUCCAAUGGCUGGAAGGCUAAAGAGAGAUGAAGAUGGACGGAUAGAGAUUGAUUGCAAUGGUGAAGGGGUACUAUUUGUUGAAGCAGAAUGUGAUGGAGUUGUUGAUGAUUUUGGUGACUUUGCACCAACUUUGGAACUCCGGCGUUUAAUCCCAGCCGUUGAUUAUUCUCAGGGGAUACAUUCUUAUGCUCUCCUUGUUUUGCAGAUCACUCAUUUCAAAUGUGGGGGAGUUUCUCUUGGAGUAGGAAUGCAGCAUCAUGCUGCAGAUGGUUUUUCUGGUCUUCACUUCAUCAACACAUGGUCAGACAUGGCUCGUGGUCUAGACCUCACUGUUUCACCUUUCAUAGACCGCACACUCCUCCGUGCACAUGAUCCACCUCAGCCUCAGUUCCCACACAUUGAAUACCAACCAACUCCAACUCUCAAGGCUAGUCAAGAAAACAUUGCCAAAUCUGAAACAGUCCCCGAAACUGCUGUUUCCAUCUUCAAGGUAACCCGUGAUCAAAUCACUGCCUUGAAAGCCAAGUCUAAGGAAGAUGGCAAUACCUUAAACUACAGCUCCUAUGAAAUGCUAGCAGGACAUGUAUGGCGCUCCACUUGUAUGGCACGAGGACUAGUAGAGGAUCAAGAAAGCAAGUUGUAUAUAGCAACCGAUGGGCGUUCUAGGCUUAGGCCUCCUUUUCCUCCAGGAUACUUUGAUAAUGUGAUAUUUACUGCCACUCCAAUUGCAGUGGCUGGUGAUUUAAAAUCCAAGCCCAUUUGGUAUGCUGCAAGUAAAAUUCAUGAUGCAUUGGUUCGGAUGGACAACGACUACUUAAGAUCAGCUCUCGAUUACUUGGAAUUACAGCCCGACCUAAAGGCUCUUGUUCGUGGUGCACAUACUUUUAGGUGCCCAAAUCUUGGGAUCACUAGUUGGGUUAGGCUACCUAUCCAUGAUGCAGAUUUUGGCUGGGGUCGACCUAUAUUUAUGGGACCUGGUGGUAUUGCUUAUGAAGGCUUAAGUUUUAUAUUGCCAAGUCCUUCAAAUGAUGGGAGUCUAUCAGUUGCCAUUUCUCUGCAAGCAGAACACAUGAAACUUUUUGAGAAGUUCUUGUAUGACAUUUGAAAGAAAAAUUCUCCAGCGAAAGUUUGUGCCAAUGCCAGAAAUGUAAAAAUGACUUUUCUUAUUCAUUAAAGGUGAAUUUUCUAAAAUCUCUUUUCCUCAAAGGAGCAUGAUGGGUUAUACUCAUGUUGAUAAUGAACAUCAGCUUUAUUUCUGCUUAUAUGCAGUCUGCAUUAAA